UGUAGGACAAGUGGGUUUUCUGGGUUUUUAAAAUAGUCCGGCCGAGGAUCUCUUUCUUUCUUGGCCAAGUGUUCUGAAAAGAUUCCGAAAGCUCAGGAAAUGUCGUGGCAAUGAGUCCAGCAAGGCAGAUACCGGCCAGGUUUUUGGCUUUAUAAAGCAGUGGGUUUGGACUUGGAGCAUUUAGAAUGUAAUCUGCGAUGGAUGAUGGUGGGUUCAGAAAGGCAAGAAUGGAGCUGGAAGCACUGUACGAAGGGGUGCCAGACGAUUCAGUGAAUCUCACUUUUCGACAUCUCACAGAUGUUAAUCUUCAACCCAACUCUUCUUUUGAGAAGAAAAGAAGCAAAAUCCCAAGCGAUAACGAGAGGCAGAGCACCCCACUGACCAAACUACCAAGCCUGGACUUCAACAGGGCUCUGCAAGCAGCCAGCCAACAGUCCCGCCCUGAUGCCAAAAUCAGGCUUCACCCCAGUGCGCACCCGAAGCCGGAGGGUGUGGAUUUGGUGGACGUGGGUCGUGUGCUGGAGUACAGUGACAGAGGACUCAGUUCCAUGUAUGAGCAUCACAGAGCCACGCCGGGGAGACGCCGCCCUGGGAUUCCUCACUCCAAUAUCUGCACCAACUGCAGCACCUACAUUUAUAUAUUCCGACAUCGUUGCCUGGUGUGUGGAAGAGUCUACUGUAGGCAAUGCGUGAGAAUAGGGAUGGGAGAGAUGACGGAGGGAAGAAAGUGCAUGGAGUGUUUGGGAAGAAAAUUCAGCCACAGAUACAUAGCGAAGGCAGGAGAUGUGGGGUGCUUCGGUUGGAGGUACCCAAGCGCGGUGAAGCAGGCGGAGCUGAGGUGGGCGGAGAAAGGGCCUCGCCGGAAAGGAGAGAGACCACCGCAGCCGCCGAGAGGGUACGGCGGCAUUACCAACUCUAUGACCUCUGCAACUCCGUCGAGCCCAUGGCCACCCACGCUGUCGCCCACCAGUGUGGAUCUUUCCACCAUUUACAGCUCUCGUUUCGCCGUUAUGUCGUCCCCCCUUUCUUCGCCGGCUCACCGCCACCACAUACCAUUUUAAGCUUUCUUUCUUCUUCCUCCAAUUUUUUUUCUUUCUUCAUCUUCUUUUAUUUCUCUCGCCCCUCGCCAAUUCCAUAAAUUCAUAUACUUUUUUAUUUUUUA